AAGUUGGCCUUGCCGCAUUCUGCUUUUUGUCAGGCAUUUUGGAUUAAUUCGUUUGUUGAAAUUGUCAAUUGCUUCAGUGAAGAAUUUUUAAUCUGCUUAAACUUGGAAAAUGAUUCGCGCCAUGGUAAUGACCAAAUGGAGUAAGUCGGUGGCGGGACCACUGGUCACAGCGUGGAACUACUCCACAUUGAAUCGCCUCAAUGGCAAUACUGUGCGCCCGCGUGCUCUGUUCCUGAAUCUCGACCGCAAGUUCUCCGCCGAAGGUGGCGGCGAUGAGAAGCCCAAGAACGUGCCGCCUGGAUUUGCGGCUCCAGGGUUUCCAUCCACCUUGGGCAAUAACCCAGAGAACACCACGCGUAAGGAUGUGCCCAUUGGCGAGGUGCAGGCGCCAACUAUUUCCGUAGUGAACGCAGGCGGUAAACUGGGCAGAGCUGAGCCACUGGAGGCCAGCACCAUCGUGCGCAGCAAGGGCACUUCGAACGAGGACAAGAUGACCGAGGCGCAGAAGAAGGCAUCGGAGGCCAAGGAGGCGGCCGCCAAGCAGUUGCAGGAUGUCAUGGCCAACUUGCCUAGCAAGGAGCAGACCGAAAAGUAUUUCUUUCGCGUGGUUGCCUUCUUCUAUGACUUGACCUACCUAACCGCCACCUGGUUGCUCAACUUUGUCGAGCACAAUAUCGUUCAAAAUGCCAAGGUGCAGCACUACUGGAAGCGAUUCCACGAAAAAAUGGAGCAGGCCAAGAAGGAUUAACUCCCAGCGGAGCCGAAAAAUAUAUUAUAAAACUCAUGCGAAAGCAAAAAAUAAAACAACUCGCUGACGAGUACAAAAU